AUGGGUAAAUAUGAUAUUUAUAUGGUUCGUCACGGUGAAAGUGAAUGGAAUGAUAAAAAUUUAUUUUGCGGAUGGUAUGACGCAGUUUUAAGCGAGAAAGGGUAUGAAGAAGCAGUAAACGCUGGAAAAUAUCUUAAAGAAGCAAAUGUAAAAUUUGAUUGUGCUCAUACUUCAGUUUUGACCAGAGCCAAGAAAACAUUAGAAGCUAUAUUAGUUGUAACUGAACAGCUUGAUAUUCCAGUUUAUGAAACAUGGAGGUUAAAUGAAAGACAUUAUGGAGCAUUAACUGGUUUAAAUAAAUCGGAAACUGCUAUAAAAUACGGAGAGACUCAGGUACAAAUAUGGAGAAGGAGUUUUGAUGUACCUCCUCCAGCGAUGGGUGAAGAUCAUCUUUAUUACAAUGAAAUAGUAAAUGAUCCGAGAUAUGCAAAAGGUCCCAGUAGAGAAGAAUUUCCAUUAGGAGAAUCAUUAAAGAAAACAAUGGAGAGAACAAUGCCUUAUUGGAACAAAACAAUAUUGCCUCAAAUAAAAGAGGGUAAAAGAAUUUUGAUUGUCGCUCAUGGAAAUAGCUUAAGAGGAAUAAUAAAAGGUUUAAUGAAAUUAUCGGAUGAAGAAAUAAUGUUGUUAAAUUUGCCUACUGGAGUUCCUUUCAUGUAUACAUUAAAUGAAAAUUUAGAACCCAUUGCACCAAUGAAAUUUUUAGGCGAUGAAGAAACUGUGAAAAAAGCAAUCGAAGCUGUCGUUAAUCAGGGAAAAGCCAAAUAG